AUGCCAAAGUCCAGCGGAGAUACUUCCAACGGCGGAUCCUCGCUGAUAAAGUCUUCAUCUCAGCACAAGAGCAAGGCUGAGCAGAAGUCUGAAGAGCAAUCCUCCUCGUCGUUGCUAAAACGCGGCAAUGGAGAAUCCAUCGUCAGCAAGAAGAGCUCCAAGUCAGCGAAGCAAGCACAACAGGAGUCAUCAGAUGAGCAAUCUUCGUCGUUGCUAAAACGCGGCAAUGGAGAAUCCAUCGUCAGCAAGAAGAGCUCCAAGUCAGCGAAGCAAGCACAACAGGAGUCAUCAGAUGAGCAAUCUUCGUCGUUGCUAAAACGCGGCAAUGGAGAAUCCAUCGUCAGCAAGAAGAGCUCCAAGUCAGCAAAACAAGCACAACAAGAGUCAUUGGAAGCGACCUCAAAUCAUGCUCGUUUCACAGCGUCCGCCCUCAGCCAGAAGAUCAAUCGAGACGGCACCGUGACCACUGCUCAGUCCCGCUCUGCAGACAAGAAGAGCGCUGCUUCUGAGAAGAAAUCCGAAACCUCCGAUAUUACCAGACAAGGCAAGGAUGGCAGCAAGAUCACUAAAAAAAGCAGCAAGUCGAGCGAAAACAGAGCUCAGGCUCAAGAGAAAUCUGAGCAAUCCAAAUGGUCCAUCAAGAAUGAAAAGACCGGCGAGACUGACGUCGAAGAGAGCCAGGAAAGGAGCCAGAAAUCCCAAUCUCAGCAAAGCAGCGAGUCUUCUGAAACUGUAGAGAAGGGAGUCGACAAUAGCAACUCCGAUGAUAUAGACACGGGAAACGAAGAAUACGACAUUAUUACUGAGGAAGAGGAUGGCAUUGUUGUCAUGAAACUUGGUACCGCAGGACUCACCAGUCCAGCAGGUCACGAAGUUCUUCGUCCGAAGAAUCUAGUAAGACUUCACGCCACAGAGGUAAACCAGGAGGCCCAGGCGCUCCGGGACGCCCAGGCACUCCGGGAAGCCCAGGCACUCCGGGAGGCCCAGGCGCUCCGGGAGGCCCAGGCACUCCGGGAGGCCCAGGCACUCCUGGAGGCCCAGGUACUCCAGGAGGCCCAGGCGCUCCUGGUGGACCAGGUGCUCCAGUUCAAACGAUGGCGCCUGGGCCUCCGGGAGGCCCAGGCGCUCCGGGAGGCCCAGGCACUCCGGGAGGCCCAGGCACUCCUGGAGGCCCAGGUACUCCAGGAGGCCCAGGCGCUCCUGGUGGACCAGGUGCUCCAGGUGGACCAGGCGCUCCAGGUGGACCAGGCGCUCCAGGAGGCCCAGGCGCUCCAGGUGGACCAGGCGCUCCAGGUGGACCAGGCGCUCCAGGAGGCCCAGGCGCUCCAGGAGGUCCAGGCGCUCCAGGUGGACCAGGCGCCCCAGGAGGCCCAGGCGCUCCGGGUGGACCAGGCGCCCCAGGAGGCCCAGGCGCUCCGGGUGGACCAGGAGCUCCAGGAGGCCCGGGCGCUCCAGGUGGACCAGGCGCUCCAGGAGGCCCAGGCGCUCCAGGUGGACCAGGCGCUCCGGGUGGACCAGGAGGACCAGGCGCUCCAGGUGGACCAGGCGCUCCGGGUGGACCGGGCGCUCCAGGAGGCCCAGGCGCUCCGGGUGGACCAGGCGCCCCAGGAGGCCCAGGCGCUCCGGGUGGACCAGGCGCUCCAGGAGGCCCAGGCGCUCCAGGAGGUCCAGGCGCUCCAGGAGGCCCAGGCGCUCCGGGUGGACCAGGCGCCCCAGGAGGCCCAGGCGCUCCGGGUGGACCAGGCGCUCCAGGAGGCCCAGGCGCUCCAGGUGGACCAGGUGCCCCAGGAGGCCCAGGUGCUCCAGGAGGCCCAGGCGCUCCGGGUGGACCAGGCGCUCCAGGAGGCCCAGGCGCUCCAGGAGGCCCAGGCGCUCCAGGUGGACCAGGUGCCCCAGGAGGCCCAGGCGCUCCGGGUGGACCAGGAGGACCAGGCGCUCCAGGUGGACCGGGCGCUCCAGGUGGACCAGGCGCUCCAGGAGGCCCAGGCGCUCCAGGUGGACCAGGUGCCCCAGGAGGCCCAGGCGCUCCGGGUGGACCAGGCGCUCCAGGAGGUCCAGGCGCUCCAGGUGGACCAGGAGCCCCAGGAGGCCCAGGCGCUCCAGGUGGACCAGGCGCUCCAGGAGGCCCAGGCGCUCCAGGUGGACCAGGCGCUCCGGGUGGACCAGGAGGACCAGGCGCUCCGGGUGGACCAGGUACGCGCACGACUGGUGCUGCCUUCACUUUGUAAGGUUUUCUACUAUUUGCGCUCCAGGAGGACCAGGGGCUCCAGGAGGCCCAGGCGCUCCAGGGUGGACCAGGCGCUCCGGGAGGCCCUGGCGCUCCAGGUGGCCCAGGCGCUCCAGGAGGACCAGGCGCUCCGGGAGGCCCAGGCGCUCCGGGUGGACCAGGCGCUCCAGGAGGCCCAGGCGCUCCAGGUGGACCAGGCGCUCCGGGAGGCCCAGGCGCUCCAGGUGGGCCAGGCGCUCCAGGAGGUCCAGGCGCUCCGGGAGGCCCAGGCGCUCCGGGUGGACCAGGCGCUCCGGGUGGACCAGGCGCUCCGGGAGGCCCAGGCGCUCCUGGUGGACCAGGCGCUCCGGGAGGCCCAGGCGCUCCAGGUGGACCAGGCGCUCCGGGAGGCCCAGGCGCUCCAGGCGGACCAGGCGCUCCAGGAGGACCAGGUGCUCCCGGUGGACCAGGCGCUCCGGGAGGCCCAUCAGGCGCUCCAAGUAGACCGGGCCACCCGAUCAGACCCGGCAAGCCAGGCCAUGGGAAGGUCUGUGUAUGCUACGACAGCAUCGAAGAUAUCCCAUGGAACGUCCGCCGCCAGAUUGGAGUUCAGUUUUAAAUUGAAUUAAGCGACUAUAAUAAAAUAACCCAUUUUAACACAGUUACGAUGCACGAAAAACGAACGACAAACAACGGAAUUUUAAAUCAUUUUAUUUCAAGACAUAGACUAUAUUUAUUUAUAUUGAGCAAUGUAAAAACGUAAAAAAUAAAUGCUAUAUAUGUUCCUAAGUAAAUUGUAUUAUUUUGACA